GUUAUUGACUAACAGAAAAAAAAAGUUUGUUGUCUGCUUGAAAUUCAAAUUUCCCUGUUAAUGCUAAGCACCGCCCACUAGAAAGGUUAUGAACUUCUCUCAGCCAAUAGCUAGCGAAUGACUCAAAUCAAGUUUACAUGUAAAUACAGAUGCAAUGCUAUUCCAAAUGGCUGUCUGCUCAAACACGUGUUUCUAUUAAUAAACACUCUGAUGUUAGCAGUGAAUCACUAGCAGAUAAACCCAGCCUACUAGUUAAUGCAGGUUAACAUUUUACCACCGCAAAAUCAAGCAGUUUAGAUCCGGCUUUUAAGUAACGACGACCAGAAGUUUUUGACGGUGUAUUGUUAGAAGCUCGUUAACAGUUGCACGUCCAACAAUAACAAUGUGGAUUUUUCUCGCGUUAGCCGUCAUGUUUGGGACAUCUUUUUCACUGGAACCAUUUUGCCCUGUCUGUUCCGAGUGUGAGCACGAAGAAAAAGUUCUGGAAAGAGCUCUGAGCAAUGUUUUAGCUUUUAAAGACACAUUGGACAACAUAACUGCAACACGUUCAAUGGUUGAAGAAAAUUUGAAAAUGGUUCACGACGAGCGCGUUCAGCUCCGAAAUGCUAUGGCAGCACUGGAAGUAAAAAAGAGGGAAUUCGAAACGAAAAUGCAGACACUGGUGGAUCAAACGAGGUUUGAACUCAAUGCUAUGAAAGUUAAGAACAUCGUUCCUGUUGUUUUGUUCCACGCUCGGCUUAAUGUGGGCGACAUUAGCUACAAUGAGAACGACAGGAUACCGUACAGAGACGUUGUGGUCAACGAAGGUGGUGGCUAUGACCAAUACACUGGAAUCUUCACGGCAUCUGUAGGUGGGGUGUACAUGUUCACGGUGCAAAGCUGUAAUGCCAAAAACAAAUGGGCUAGCUUUGAAAUUGUGCAUGGCGGAAGACCGUUACAAAGAUCUAACAUCUGGGAUAAAGAGAACAGAAUCUGUUCGAGCAUGCAGUCCUUCGCUAAGGUUGCAAUCGGAGAAAAGAUCUGGGUGCGGUCUACAUGGGAUAAUAUUGUCGUCUACAGCGACACGAAGUAUUUCUGGAACACAUUUUCUGGGUUAUUGAUUCACAUAUAAACGAAACGAAUCAAGGUUGACACGCCUAAAUAUGCGAAGCGUCAGAACAUUUUGUGAGGUGUGUUAAUAAUAUAAAUAAUUGCGUACAAGUAUCCAGUGGUGUUUUUUUUAUUAUACAAUAUUAGCAUAUUAGUAUUUCAAUCGUAUCCAAAAAUGUUUAGUUAUCUUUAAGCGUCGAGUAGAAGUAGGUCUAUCUAUCUUGUUUCCUCUAUUUAUCUGUAUGUACGUUCGUCCGUUUGUCAUUUCGUUCGUCCGUCCGUCUGUUUUUCAGCCAUUAAUCUAUUGCUCUAUCGAUUGAUAAUAUUAUGUUAAUUUAUAAGCUUUUAUGUAACCAAAGCCAUUUCUGUAUUGUGUGCACUAGUUAUCCUGCUGGUAAUAAUUAUUGUUUAUGUUUUAUAAUCAAGAUAUAUAGAAAAUGCGUAUCAAGAGUCUAGUAUUUCAUAACGUACAGGCCAUGAUAAUUUUUCAAUUACAAAGUUGAAGACUAGACGGCAAAACAUAUAUCGGAUAUAUGCAAACAUUGUUAAGUGAAUAUCAGGUCUAAUUGUAUAACUAUACCGUACUAUGACAAGUAACCAAAAAACGUUGAUAUAGUUUUAAUUUGGAUAUGAAUUAUUGGGGUAUACAAAGAAGAAAUGUAGUUGUCGUGUUUCUUAUUCUUAUUGAAACCAGUAGGUAUUGGGGACAAAAAUUUCACAAGUUCACGUGCCGUCAUAGAAUAUAUGAUAUGAUACAUCAAUGUUAAUUAUAUAACAUGAAACACGCAAUUUCCAAUUGCGACAAUUUACUUGCAUACUUGUAUACUCAUAAUUAUACAUAUAACUAUUAUAUUUAUACUUAUGUUAAUGGACUGUUCAGUCUUGCCGAUAUAGUAAUGGGUUUCCAGUC